GGAUUCCGUGGGACCACCGUUGCAGAUUCCUGGAAGUUGGAGGAAAAUGUGAGGGAGGGGGAAGAUAGCCGUUUGCAGCAAUUCCGAGAAUCGCCGGGCAUCGAUACAGUGGCGUCGCGAACGGUGAGAAAACGGCCCGCGAGCAUGAAAGUGGAGGGUGGAGCGGCGACAACGACGACGACGACGACGACGGUCCUCCACAAGGUCAAGGUUAAGGAAGAGACAAAGGAAUGCUGUGGCUACCAGCAGGCCUCGCCGUCUUCCACGUUGGCGGUCACAACCGUCGCGACGCCCACCGUCUCGGCCGCGACGACGAUCAGCACGACCGUCGCCAACACCAACGGCAUCACCACCGCGAAUCCACCGUCGACGGUUACUACGGUUGUCACCGUCGCCCCCGCCCCGCAAUCUUCCGGUAUUAUCUGCCAUCCACCGACGACCGUCCCCAAUACCGUCGAUUCUUUUCCGGUCGACCUCGAUCUCAAAGCGAAGAAUAAGGCAUCUUCCGGUCCGCGGGAGAAAUCCUCGCGGGAGGAAGUGGUUCAACCAGAGGCGCACUCGCCCUCGUCUCAGCAGCACCAAAGACUCGGCCAGCAAAAACAAACAAACGGUUCUCGGUCGGAGUACAAGGGCGCGUCCGGUUGCUCCAGGUCUUCCGACAACGACAGUCCUUUGCCUUCGCAAUCAGUCAAGUCCGAGCUCGAGGAAGGGUCCGGUGCUGUCAAUGCUGGACCCAGGACAGACGACCAGAGCGAUGGCCCCGCGCUGGCGAACGGUACCGGCAGUGGUGCAUCCAGAUGCGUCAGCAGCAUCUUCGCCGGACACGGCAAGCUCAAGAGGCUGCUGGGUACUCUGGUGCAAUUCGCCACCGAUAUCUCGACGGACACGGGCGACACGGUGCGUGCGCUGGUGCUCGCGCUUCUGAGCGGUAGCAUGACCGCCGAGGAGUUUCACUCGGCGUUGCAGGAGGCGACCAACUUCCCGCUCAGAAGUUUCGUCUUGCCGUACCUUAAGCACACUUUACCUUCUCUACAGAGGGACCUGAGCAACGCGGCCCGAGCGAAUAAUCAGAGCUGCGUGCAAUUCCUCCGAUCCAACGAGUCCGCCGUUUUGGAGACCGUGGGACUGGUCCCGUCCGGCGAGUCCGUCGAGGUGUUCGGCGAGCACGGGGGUGCGAACGGGAUCGGCGGCGGUAAUCAGUGCUCCGCUCAUUACGCCAUGCGCUCGAAUUCUAAUCCCGGCGUCGGUGCCAUUCAGCACGCGGCGGGCAGCAACGCCACGGGCGCGUUGCAUCAUUAUUCCGGCGCUCAUACGACGAAGCGCCGUGCCUCCGACACCCCAUAUUACGAGAACGGCGUUCUUUUGGACGACAUGCCAGUGUAUGGCAAGAGGUCUACCAAUCCGUGGAGUCAUCAUCACCACCAGCAACAGCAACAGCAGCAACAGACACCGACGGACCCGUCCUACUGCUGGUACCAUCCGUUGCACUCCGCAGGAGGGUCGAUUCAAGGUCACGCGCACGCCCACGGUCCAAGCCCGGUACCGCCUAGCCUCGUGCAGAUUAAUCAGAUAAACGCGUUCUCCACGCCGCAUCAUUUGACCCAGCAGUCGCAGCAGCCGAUGGGCCACGGCUUGCAAACGCAGAACGGCGGUAGUCUUGAUGACGAGUGGAAGAAUAUCCACGUGAUGCUCAACUGCAUCCUUGGCAUGGUCGAGAAAACGAAGAGAGCAUUGGCGAUCCUGCAGCGACGGGGAUGUUCCAGUCCGGCGGCUGCGGCGCCACCGCCAGGUGUGGUGGUCGCGGCACAGAACGGCACCAACGGCAAUAACGGCAACGGCAAUAAUCCCUCAUCGACCAACGGUGCGCAGGUUGAAUCGUCCACCGGCGAUCGGGAUGGCAAUCUGAAACGAUUGUCCGGCGAGAUCGUCGCGCAAACGAUCAGGGCGACCGAGGACAGAGUGGCUGAAGUCAAACGAAGAGCCGAGGAAGCUGUGUUAGAAGUGAAAAGAGCCGCAGUAGCGGAAGUGCAACGCGCCGUGGCAGUUGCAGUUGCGGAAUCGAGGGCAAACGAACGUUUGAGGGUUCAUCGGUUACUGGACCUUCCUCUAUCCCAAAGGAAUCACGGUAGUCUCCGUCAGGGUCCCUUUCUGAGAGUUCAUGGGAGCUCGAAUGCGGUGGAGACUAGUGCCAGGAAUGUAACGACACCGACAACAACAACGAAUUCGGCACCGUCGACCACCGAAGACGAAAAGGACAUCCACCUGACUAGCAUGAUGGGAUCCAGUUGUUGGAAUUGUGGUAGGCCCGCUCUGGAGACUUGCGGCGGCUGUGGGAUCGCUCGGUACUGCGGUUCGUUUUGUCAGCAUCGCGAUUGGGAGGCCGGUCAUCACACGACCUGUAACAACCUGCCGCCGCGCGAGCCACGAAGAUCGGCUUCGCGCAGUCCGCCACGGGUCGUUGCCGCGAAUCUUUCCACGAGCGUCAACGAGGUCGACGCCACGCCGAUGGCGUCCGUCUCGAAGGGAAAGUGACGUCGCGGUGCUAAAAACAACCGAUCGAUUAAAUCGAUCGACUUCGAGUCGCGUUAAUUGCGCAAAUCCCAGGAGGAGUCUUUUCUGUAAAAAGUGGAUGAAUUGAAACGAAUGGGGGGAAUCCAUUCCUGAAAAUCUGAAUGUCUGAUUUUCGAAAGCGAUAAUCAAUCUGUUAGGUUUCGUUUUUCUUUUCAUUUCCUAAUUGUGUGUGAGAGAAUGAAGAUUAAAAGGAAAGAGAAGAGUAGAAAAAAAUGUAACAAUUCUAUAGAGACAAAUUUUAAUUUUUGGAUAUUAGGUAUUUCAACAAAAUGAAUUCCUUCCGCGUCAAUUCUCUUUAAUUCGUCCAUCUUCUGCAGAUCCUUCACCGAUCAUACAUCUUCUGCGUACUCUCAUCGUUGUCAUUUUCUUUCUACGAAACUGAGAUUUCUUUUGUAAUAUAUCUGGAAAUGUGGACGAGUCUGAACAAGAAUCUAGUUCAAUGUAACUGUGAGCAAAUUGAUUAUUCACUUGUGACAGAGAGAGAGAGAGAGAGAGAGAGAGCAUUGAAAAAUGCUGGUUCGAUAUACGAUCAGUUAUCUUCUGGAUAGAUACUCUCUAGUCCCGGCGUUUCAAUAGGCGAUAAUGUACGAUAGCAAAUGAUUAUUUAAUCGAUUAGAAAAAUACGAAUCUUCAUAUGUGAUCGAUCAGCUUUGA